AGGCCGCUCUUGAACGCCUGACCUCAGGUGCUCCGCCCGCCUUGGCCUCCCAAAGUGCUGGGAUUACAGGCGUGAGCCACCGCUCCCAGCCGGGGUUUUACUUUUGUAGGCAUUUUCCCAACUAGAGGAAAGGGAAACGGAGGGGGCAGGGAGGGCUGCUCCUUGGCAAACGAUUAAUUUCGAGACACCAUUGCUCAGGGUCUGAGAGCUUAAACUCUGAAUUCGAACUGUUAGUACAAUCAUUCUCAACUUCGGGGUGCAUAAAAAGUAACUCGAAGAUUGUUAAACGUACAAUUUGGGGGAGCCUCAUCCCCCAAAUUUAUUCGAAUGGAGCAGAGGGGAGUUGUCAUCUCUACAUUUUUAAAUGAGCAGUCCUGCAGCUGAGUCUGAUUAAUGUGACCACUACGUUGAAAAUUACUGGUCUAACAUAAAAGUGUUCAAGAUGUUGAAACAAAUGACACCUUGUGCCCUUAAUUUCCUUCCCUUUUCCAGAGCUGUGUUGGUGUAUCUCAAACUAAGGAGGUAACAGAAUGGACUCUUGGGACGAACAUGAUUUAGAGUUUCCACUCCCAUCUUGAACUAGUGGUAUAAUAUAGGAAAGCAGUUCUCGAAGUGUGGACAGAUGACCUGUGGGGAUCUCCACUUACCCUUUCAGGGGAGCCUCAAGGUCAUAACUAUUUUCAAAAUAAUAGUAAGAUGCUAUUUAUUGUUUUCACUGAUACGCUGAUGGUUCAGAAGCAAUGCUGGGUAAAACUACUGACGGUACCUUAGCACAAAACAAGUCAGUGGCACCAAACUGCUUACUUGAGAAUGCCCUUGAAGCAGUAAAAUUUAUUAUUGUAUUUUUAUCUUUUUGAGACGGAGUUUUGCUCUGUCGCCCAGGGUGGAGUGCAGUGGCACUAUCUCGGCUCACUGCAACCUCUGCCUCCUGGGUUGUAUUUUUAGUAGAGAUGGUGUUUCGCCAUUUUGGCCAGGCUGGUCUCGAACUCGAUGGCAGGCGAUCCACCCGCGGCGGCCUCCCGAAGUGCUGGGCUUGAGCCACCGUGCCCCGCCUGUUAUUAUUAAAUCUUAGCUUUUGACUACUUGUCUUUUUAAUUUUUAAGAAUUUGUGAUGAAAUAAACAUGGAUAAAGCAUUUAUGCUGCCUACGGAGGUGUGAUUGUUGUCAUGAGGGAAAAGCAUUUGUGGGAUUGGGUUGUGAGUGGCUUAUUUCAUGGAGUACCAUGCGACUGGCAACCUGUGGUUUUUCACAUUUAGUAUUUGGCAGGUAUUUCUUGAAAAUGAAGUGAGCUUGUCACUUUUAGGAAAACAAUUGACAGUAUUUAUUACCAGUGAUAAAAUUUGGGUGAAAAUUAGAAUUUUUAAAAAGUUGACAGCUGGAGUUUGACAGCUUCCUAGUACUUAAAAAACUUCCCUUAUGAUAUCAGUGGUUAAGGACUGUAAUAUUUAAAAAUGUUGUAUAAUAUGUCAUUUGGAAUAUGGGCAUAACUUAGUAAAUCUGUAUUUUGCAGAUGACCAAUGCAUGAUGUUGCAAAAUCAAGCAAAAGUAAAAGAGCCUUUGAAAAUACCAGAUAUAGCAAUGGAUUUUAACAGUAAAAAAGUGGAUUGAUGUGGUUUCAGAUUCCAAAAUGUUACUAUCCUUUAAGAAACUACUAUUUGGCCUAGCAUGGUGGCUCACUCCUGUAAUCCCAGCACUUUGGAAGGCCCAGGUGGAAGGAUAGUUUGAGUUGAGCCUAGUUCAACGUAGUGAGACCCUGUCUCUAUUUAUUUAAGAAAAAAAAACAAAGAAACUACCAUUUGUUGAGUUUUAGUGUUUACCAGUAUCUACAGUUAUCUGAAAAGGUUAUUAAAAUACUUCUCCCUUUUCCGACUAGAUUUUCAUUAUAUACUUAACCAAAAUGACAUAUAGCAACAGACUGAAUGCAGAAGUAACUGUGAGAAUCCAAACAUCUUUUAUUAAGUUAGACAUAAAAGAGAUUUGCAAAACGCAAAAAAAAGUGUUACUUUUCUCACUUUUUGGAGGGAAAGUAAUUUUUGUUGAAAUGUUAUUUAUGUUAACUUGUAAUGGGCUUGUUUUAAAAUAUAUUAAUAAAUAUUUUAACAUUUUGAAUGUGGUAAAUGUGGAAAGAUAAAAUUCACAUGAAAGAUCUUUGGCGUCUUCAAUAAUUUCAAGAGUCAAAAAAAUGAGAAUCAUUCAGUCAGUCCUGUGUUUCUGCUCUUUAAAUCAUUCAAAUCUAACUCCCUUGGGGAAUUUUGGGAGAAUUUAUAAAUAGUUGAAGUUGAUGGAAGAGACAGUGACCUGGGGAAGAGUUCUAAAGCAAAAAAAGCUUACUUUGAAUACGAACUGGGAUAUUUACAAACUGUAGCCUUGAGGAAGUUAUUUAGUCUCUCUAAACCACUAUUUUGACCUUAUCUGUAAAAUACAAACUUUAGAGCUGGUUGAUUACAAAUCCUAGAGCUGGUUAAUGCCUUUGUCAUGAUACCAAUAUGGUGACAUUCUGAUAGAUUCCUUGGUAUGCUUGUUGGUGAUAAGAAGCCAUAUCCACAGAACUUUUUUUUUUUUUAUUUUUUUCUUUGAGAUGGAGUCUUGCUCCUUUACCCAGGCUGGAGUGUAAUGGCGCAAUCUCGGCUCAGUGCACCCUGCGCCUCCCGGGUUCAAGCGAUUCUCCUCCUUCAGCUUCCUGAGUAGCUGGGAUUACAGGAGGCACACACCAUCACACCCGGCAUGGCAGACACCGACCUGUUCAUGGAAUGUGAGGAGGAGGAGUUGGAGCCAUGGCAGAAAAUCAGUGAUGUCAUUGAGGACUCUGUAGUUGAAGAUUAUAAUUCAGUGGAUAAAACUACCACAGCUGGCAAUCCUUUGGUCCAGCAAGGUGGACAGCCACUCAUCCUGACCCAGAAUCCAGCCCCAGGUCUGGGCACAAUGGUUACUCAACCAGUAUUGAGGCCUGUUCAGGUCAUGCAGAAUGCCAAUCAUGUGACUAGUUCCCCUGUGGCCUCACAACCAAUAUUUAUCACUACACAGGGAUUUCCUGUAAGGAAUGUCCGGCCUGUACAAAAUGCAAUGAAUCAGGUUGGGAUUGUGCUGAAUGUACAGCAAGGCCAAACGGUUAGACCAAUUACACUAGUUCCAGCCCCAGGUACCCAGUUUGUUAAGCCGACAGUUGGAGUUCCACAAGUGUUCUCCCAGAUGACCCCUGUGAGGCCAGGCUCCACAAUGCCUGUGAGGCCCACCACCAACACCUUCACCACCGUCAUCCCGGCCACUCUUACCAUUCGAAGCACCGUCCCACAGUCCCAGUCCCAGCAGACCAAGUCCACUCCCAGCACUUCCACCACUCCCACUGCCACACAGCCAACCUCACUGGGGCAACUAGCUGUUCAGUCUCCUGGCCAGUCAAACCAAACCACGAAUCCCAAGCUAGCUCCCUCCUUCCCCUCUCCACCUGCAGUGAGCAUUGCCAGCUUUGUCACUGUGAAGCGACCUGGCGUUACAGGUGAAAAUAGCAAUGAAGUGGCCAAAUUGGUGAAUACCCUUAACACAAUCCCUUCCCUGGGCCAAAGUGCUGGGCCAGUGGUGGUGUCCAACAACAGCUCUGCUCAUGGCUCUCAAAGAACCAGCGGACCUGAGUCGUCAAUGAAAGUGACCUCUUCCAUCCCAGUAUUUGACCUCCAGGAUGGUGGACGGAAAAUAUGUCCACGGUGUAAUGCUCAAUUUCGUGUUACUGAAGCUUUGAGAGGUCACAUGUGUUACUGUUGCCCAGAAAUGGUUGAAUACCAGAAGAAAGGAAAGUCCCUGGAUUCAGAACCCAGUGUCCCAUCAGCAGCAAAGCCCCCAUCCCCUGAGAAAACAGCUCCUGUUGCUUCCACACCCUCUUCUACACCUAUUCCUGCUCUGUCACCACCUACCAAAGUACCAGAGCCAAAUGAGAACGUGGGUGAUGCCGUCCAGACCAAACUCAUUAUGCUUGUAGAUGACUUCUACUAUGGACGGGAUGGUGGCAAAGUAGCCCAACUCACAAAUUUCCCUAAGGUCGCCACAUCUUUCCGAUGCCCACAUUGUACCAAAAGACUAAAAAACAAUAUUCGAUUCAUGAACCAUAUGAAACACCACGUAGAACUCGAUCAGCAGAAUGGUGAGGUAGAUGGUCAUACUAUCUGUCAGCACUGUUACCGCCAGUUUUCCACUCCCUUCCAGCUUCAGUGCCACUUGGAAAAUGUUCAUAGUCCCUAUGAAUCUACUACCAAGUGCAAGAUCUGUGAGUGGGCGUUUGAAAGUGAGCCACUAUUUCUCCAGCAUAUGAAGGAUACUCAUAAGCCUGGAGAGAUGCCUUAUGUUUGCCAGGUGUGUCAAUAUCGCUCCUCACUCUACUCUGAGGUAGAUGUCCAUUUUCGGAUGAUCCAUGAGGAUACCCGGCAUCUGCUCUGCCCUUAUUGCCUGAAGGUCUUCAAAAAUGGCAAUGCAUUCCAACAGCAUUACAUGAGGCACCAGAAGAGAAAUGUUUAUCACUGCAACAAAUGCCGGCUACAGUUUCUCUUUGCCAAGGACAAAAUUGAACACAAGCUUCAACACCAUAAAACCUUCCGUAAACCCAAGCAGCUGGAGGGCUUGAAACCAGGCACCAAGGUGACAAUCCGGGCUUCCCGAGGGCAGCCACGAACUGUUCCUGUAUCCUCUAAUGAUACACCUCCCAGCGCCUUGCAGGAGGCAGCACCACUGACCUCCUCCAUGGACCCUCUGCCUGUCUUCCUUUAUCCCCCUGUCCAGCGCAGCAUCCAGAAGAGAGCUGUUAGGAAAAUGAGUGUCAUGGGCCGGCAGACAUGCCUGGAGUGCAGCUUCGAGAUCCCAGACUUCCCUAAUCAUUUCCCUACUUAUGUACACUGCUCUCUGUGUCGCUACAGCACCUGCUGCUCUCGAGCUUAUGCCAACCACAUGAUCAACAAUCAUGUUCCACGGAAGAGCCCCAAGUAUUUGGCUUUGUUUAAAAAUUCUGUGAGUGGAAUCAAGCUGGCCUGCACUUCAUGUACCUUUGUUACCUCUGUGGGAGAUGCUAUGGCCAAGCAUUUGGUAUUCAACCCCUCUCACAGAUCCAGCAGCAUCCUGCCACGGGGACUCACUUGGAUAGCUCACUCAAGGCAUGGCCAGACUCGUGACCGAGUGCAUGACCGGAACGUGAAGAAUAUGUACCCUCCUCCUUCCUUCCCCACUAACAAAGCUGCCACUGUGAAAUCUGCGGGGGCCACCCCAGCUGAGCCUGAAGAGCUACCAACUCCCUUAGCCCCAGCACUCCCAUCACCAGCCUCAACUGCAACCCCACCACCAACCCCCACUCACACACAGCCUUUAGCCCUUCCACCAUUGGCUACGGAGGGAGCUGAAUGUCUGAAUGUUGAUGAUCAGGAUGAAGGGAGCCCGGUCACCCAGGAACCUGAGCCAGCAUCAGGUGGUGGUGGUAGUGGGGUUGGCAAAAAGGAGCAGCUGUCUGUGAAGAAGCUUCGAGUAGUACUGUUUGCUCUAUGCUGCAAUACAGAACAGGCAGCUGAACACUUCCGAAAUCCCCAGCGACGUAUUCGGCGUUGGCUUCGACGUUUCCAGGCCUCCCAGGGGGAGAAUCUAGAGGGCAAAUAUCUAAGCUUUGAGGCAGAAGAGAAACUGGCUGAGUGGGUGCUAACCCAGCGUGAACAACAGCUACCUGUAAAUGAGGAGACCUUGUUCCAGAAGGCCACCAAAAUAGGACGUUCUUUGGAAGGGGGAUUUAAGAUCUCCUAUGAGUGGGCUGUGCGUUUCAUGCUGCGGCACCACCUGACUCCCCAUGCCCGGCGAGCUGUGGCCCACACCCUACCUAAGGACGUGGCAGAGAAUGCAGGACUCUUCAUUGAAUUUGUACAACGGCAGAUUCACAACCAGGACUUACCCUUGUCUAUGAUUGUGGCUAUUGACGAGAUAUCCUUGUUCCUGGAUACAGAGGUGCUGAGCAGUGAUGACCGAAAGGAGAAUGCCCUGCAGACGGUGGGCACAGGGGAACCUUGGUGUGAUGUAGUCCUGGCCAUUCUGGCAGAUGGCACUGUCCUUCCCACCCUGGUUUUCUACAGAGGGCAGAUGGAUCAGCCUGCUAACAUGCCAGAUUCCAUAUUGCUAGAGGCAAAGGAGAGUGGCUACAGUGAUGAUGAGAUAAUGGAGCUGUGGUCAACUCGAGUGUGGCAGAAGCACACAGCUUGCCAGCGCAGCAAAGGCAUGCUUGUGAUGGACUGUCAUCGCACUCACUUGUCAGAAGAGGUACUGGCUAUGCUUAGUGCCUCUAGCACUUUGCCUGCAGUGGUCCCAGCAGGCUGUAGCUCCAAAAUUCAGCCAUUAGAUGUAUGCAUCAAAAGAACUGUCAAGAACUUCCUGCAUAAAAAGUGGAAGGAACAGGCUCGGGAAAUGGCAGAUACUGCAUGUGAUUCUGAUGUCCUCCUUCAGCUGGUGCUUGUCUGGCUGGGUGAAGUGCUAGGUGUCAUUGGGGACUGUCCAGAGCUGGUUCAGCGCUCCUUCCUGGUGGCUAGUGUUCUGCCUGGCCCUGAUGGCAACAUUAACUCACCUACAAGAAAUGCUGACAUGCAGGAGGAGCUAAUUGCCUCCCUAGAGGAGCAACUAAAGCUGAGUGGGGAACAUUCUGAGUCUUCCACUCCACGACCCAGAUCAUCUCCUGAAGAGACAAUUGAGCCUGAAAGCCUUCACCAGCUCUUUGAGGGUGAAAGUGAGACCGAGUCUUUCUAUGGCUUUGAAGAAGCUGACCUAGAUCUGAUGGAGAUUUGAGUGGGGUCAUGAGGGGGUGUGGAGUGGGGGUGGGAACAUGUGAGGGAGGGUAAAGGGGCUUAGGGAAAAGGGGGCAUACCAGGUGGGGUAUUUGGUUUAUAUUUUUUAAUUUUACACCACCACUCCCCCCUGAAGUUGACUUACACUUCCCUGUGGAUUUGUGGAUUAAUUAGGAAAACCAAUAGUAAUCACGUCUGAGCCAAGGAGCUGGCCCAUUGGUCAUUCACUUCUGCUAAAAACAGGUUUUUGUGACUUUUUUUUUUUUUUUUUUAAAUUUAAAUCACUGUGUUUGGUAUUUUUCUGACAAAAUUAAGAAAAAGAAAAAAAAAAUUGUGGGCGAAUGUUAAAUUUUGUUUCCCCUUUUACCUCGAUUGUAUCAUAGUACUUCUGGUUUUUUGUUUUAUUGUGUGGCCAAUGUCUUUGGGCAUGAUGCUAUCUAAUCAUUGUCAAUGUGAGAACAUUUCUGAAGAUGGGAAAGACAAAUUAUGUAGCUCACAAACUGGUUUAUUAUAUAUAUGGAUAAAAAACUUUUUUCAUUGUGGUCUUAACACUUUUAUAUAAAAAUGAAAAUGGAAAAAAAAGUCCCACUGAACUCUCUCUUCCUUCUCCUUUUCUUGCCUUCCCUCUCCAGAGAUGUUGGUUUCUACAGCAACCCUAGAUAUAAAAUUGUGGCUUUAAAAAUGCAUGAAACCACCUUUAAUUAUCCAGAAUGAAUAGAUUUGUCUUUUCCUCACCACCUUCCCUCCAAAACAUGACAUAAACAAUAUUUUUUGCACUUGUGAUCCUUGGCCCCUUUCCCUGUUCUCACACCAUCCAUCACUCUGGACAAAGGAUGAUACAGGUGUUAUUAGCAAGCAAGAGGUACUGAGGUGAUCAGUUUUAGGGUGGAAGCCAUUCCCAGUUUGAGUCUUCAUCCUGUAAGCCCCCAGGGGCAGUCCCUACUUUAUUGAACUUCAUCCUGUUAAAUGGCGAACAUGCCUGUUCAAGGGAUUGCUGGUCCUAUAGUCAGGAGCUAAUUGUUGAAGAAGUGUUGAACUUCAAAAAGACAAGACAGACUACUUGUUGAAAUCCAGCGUACUCUGUGGCUUUCCCCUAUUUCUCUUAAUACUUAGGGAAGAAUCUGAUAGGAAGAAGCGCACAGGGGUGUGCACAAAGAAAAUGACAUGAAUCUUUAUUUUUCACUGCCAGCUUCAAGGAAAAAAUUUUUUCUACAGUUUGCAUGAGGGAUUUUUUUAAUUGUAUGUACUCAUGGUUUUAAACCAAAACGUACUGUACCGUACAGAGAAAAGGAGCAAAAAACCAAGUCUUCUGUUUAUCCUGAGACUUUCAACAAUGUUCCCCUCCUGUGAGCCAAGGAGGCAACCUGCACAAGCUUGUAAAUGGUUCGUCUUUAAAAUGUACAUAAGUGGAACAUUUAAUAAAAUGAGGGGAAAUGGAUUUAUAAACUUGUUUUUUUUCUAGGUGACCUUGUUUAAUAGGCUUUCACAGACUGGGAAAUGCUCAAGAUGUGAUGGGCCUGGUGGUACAGGUGUGACAUUUGUUACCACCCAUUUCUCCCACCCCACCCCGCUUUUUUGUUUUUUUUUCAUCCCCCAGCACACUAUAAUAUAGUGAACUGGAAAAGUCCCUUCCAGAAACAGCUUGGCCAGCUUUGUGAACCCUUGACAUCUGAAAACAACUAAGGAUCCAUCUGGGCUUCUCUUCCCCAGCUUUUUGCCUGAUGCCAUUUUAUUGACUAUGGACUUUGAAGUCAGCCUUUGCCUUUGAGAAAGUUCAAGAACUGAUUGGUCACUUCUAUCUACAACUUAAUCCUACUCUUUGGUAGUUUCUGCAGCAGCCACAGCCUUAGCAGAGCUGGGGUUCCCGUCCUCUGCACAUGAUUGACUUUCUUGAUGGGUAAUUUUUUUUAAGAUCAUAAUACCAACAGCGGAUCAGCUGGGUUUUGGCCAGGAAGUUGUCUUUGUGGACUCUGCCUGCAUGGCUUAGUAGUAGAAGGAAAUUUUUUUUGGUUUUGUUUUUUAUAAUUCAGUUUAAUCAAUAAACAUGUAUUUAUUGACUAUU